AUGGACGACCGGAUCGAUGGCGACGUCCCGGCGUGGCAGCCCGCGUCGGCCGGGAAGCUCCGACCGGACCUCCUGGAGACCAUGGACCUCCUCGAUACCCCGGAGAAGGCCUCCAAGAAGCGGUAUGGGCUGGCUUCGCGCUCGACGACGACGACGACGAUAGCAAGCCAUAUCCCCAGGUCAAUGACGUACGAGCCCUUGACGCGCAAGAAGAUAUCGACCAGGCCGCCGCCCGACACGGAGGAUGCGAAGCGCAAGAAGCGCGACCGUCGCUGGGACAACGAAGCACCAACGACCAGCUUUGACCAGACACCGUCGAAGCCCGACCGCCCUUUUUACUCGGUAACCAAAGCAGUCGUGAAACCACGAUUGCCCAUGGAGCCGGCAAGCCGUCAGCGCAGCAAGACAGUGCCAUCAAGGAUCGUGCCGGGCCAAGCCAUCAUGGGCUCGUCGACAAACUCGACGGCUCCCAAGUACUCUGGCAAGAUCUCGGGAUCACUCGCAGAGUACGCGACAAAGCCAGCGAUGCGACCCGUCUUCUCGACAACGACAACGUCGUCCGUUCUCGAGCGCGCGACCGCCGGCCACUACGCGAGCAUGGAGGACCAGCUCAAGGCAGAUACUCGGCCCAAGAAGCGGCCAUGCUUGGACAACAAGCCCAAGGCAGCUGCGCCCAUGGACGAGUGGCGCAGCAAGGCGCACAAGACGUCGGUGCUGUAUGAGCGACGGCGCCCGGCGGUUGCUUCGUUCGCCAGCCCGAACCACUUGCCAACCGUCAAACCGUACAGCUCGACGCGGGCAGCGACCAAGUCGUCCGGGUCGGCCGACAAGCCCAUCAGCUUUUCAUCCGACGAAGACGAAGAUGGCGAGGACGCAGAGGCCACAUCGUCGCCAAUGGUCGACGAGCCCACGCUGUUGGCCUGCGUGUCGCUCAACAUUGGCGCCAACGAGAUGCCGCCGACGGAGCUCCGUCUCGAAACCCAACGCCUCUCGUGGAGCGACAGUCAGCUGUACGUGAGCCAGAUUGCGCAGCUGCUCAUGUUUGCCUCGAUGAAGCCCGACGUCCCUUCGUUUCUCGCCAUUAGCGCCACGCGCAACAACGUGUUUCGGCUCGACGCGACCAAGUUUAUCGUAGCAAUCCCACGCGACCCGGAUGCUUUGCUCUCAUUUUUCAAUGCGUUCAAGCGGCGCUUCCCGCACGUCGUCGCCAAAAAGAUCCUACUCGCCGGCCAAGCACAAAAGUACCUCGUUGACGUGGCGGCGUGGCGGGAUGGCGCGACACCGCGACGGUCCGAGAGCCAGCUACUGCGGUCCGCAACGCUCGGUAGCAAGCUGCACGUAGCGAGUCUGCCACCACCGCCGACAACGACCACGACCACCAAGCCGCGCAAGACGCGCCAGAGCGGGCGCCGACCCCGCGUCGCUAGCAAAGUCGUGGUCGUGUACCCGCUGCCCCCGGCGAACCUCGAUGUGAUUUCCAUCACCGAAGAAGACCUGGAUCGCCUUGAGCCCGAGGUGUACCUGAACGACAACCUGAUCGACUUUUACUUCAAGUGGCUACAAGCGGGUCCGUGCACGUCGACCAAACCGUACUGUCUCUGUUUUGGCGCGCUUUUUUUUCCCGCGCUGACGACCGGCGGGUCGGUCGCGUCGUGGUACAGCUAUGACGACCUCUUUUCCAAGGAAGUGGUUGUUGUGCCCAUCAACAUUCGCAACCACUGGAGCCUCGUGGUCAUCUUUAACCUGGGUAUGGCUGCACUGCCGAAAGCCGACCGACGCCUCCCGCCCGUGCUCACGCUGCUCGACUCGAUGAGCGGCGCGCACCGACGAGGCGAGGUGUGGUCGCCGCUCCUUGCGUACCUCGGCGCCGUCUUCAAGAAGAAGCACGGCACGGAGGAUGGGUGGGACCCGUCUGCGUUUGCCCGUUUCGCUGUCAAGUCGCCCCAGCAAAUCAACUCGUUCGACUGUGGCGUGCACAUGCUACUGAGCGCGCACAUGCUCCUCGACGCAUACGACAGUCUGCGCGGUCAACGCACCGACUUUGGCGUAGACGACAGCAUGGUGGAGGCCAAGCUCUCCAACCUGAUCCGCAGUGAUACGUACGACGCGGCGACGGUCGAGGCGACGCGGACGUCAAUGCGAACCAACCUGGACGACCUUGCCCGUCAGUAUGAGCAGAUCAAGAUCAAUGCGACCAAGACACCCAGCACCGAACUGGAGCAGCUCUCAAUCUCGUCGGUGGAGGAAGCCAGCUCCGAGACUGACAUCGCCGAAAAGGCGGCGGCCACGACUGACGACGGCGACGAUGACAAGGUGGCCGCCACGACCGGCGACGACGACGACGACGAGAUGGCAUCGACGGCAGUUGCUGAGGAUCAGCAAGAAGAGUCGCAGAUAGACGCUUUACCUAACGCCAUGGAGUCCCCUGAGAGCCAAGAUUCCGAGACCGAGAAGAUGACGCCCGAGCCAGCCAACACGCCGGACGUCAUAAGCGAUGCGUUGAGUCCCGCCGCGGUCUCCCCCGCCUCGACGGCCGACAACCAUGUUACGAUAGACGACGACGAUGACGAAGACGAAGACGAGGAUACGACGAGUGUCACCAACGUCUAA